UCAAUUUUCUGCUCACAGUCCGUGAAAUACGUACAUUGCUACCGGACAACAACGGGGGGGGGGGGGGGGGGGGGGGGUUGGUUUGUGCAAUUAUUCGUUUUUGUUGACUUAACAAAACAGCAGAGUUUGAGACUAAUUUGGUUGGGAAUAAUUAUACUUCGCACUCUACGUUUGUUUCUGAACCUAUCUUUAAGAUGAACGAAGAAAAAAAUGUGAUAACAUAGAAUCUCUUCCACAAAUUAGCAGAAAUGAAUAUGUAAAGCUUUCCCAGUCCACUACACAGAAUUGUGCAACUGCUAUCCAACUCCUCAUACACAUUACACAGACGCCCACUAAACCGAGACACGUGAUUCUAACGCCGUUAACGCCAUCUGGGAAUAUAGGUGUUGGUAUCCAGCUGGCAGAGAAAAUCUUUCAGGUUCCCAACUUCCACAGUACUCUUAAUUAAAAUAAACGCUUUGUGGAACGAGACAAUUUGGUUCUUCUGCGCUACAUAGACGUUAUUCUUCAUAAUUUAAAAGACGUCGUUGCGUUUCAAGGACCAUAAUAUUCUUAUUCCUUAGCCACCGAUCAUCAAUGGCGAACGAUGCAAAUUAACUUUCAGAGCGAUUCAAAAACCCACGAAGCAGAAACUUUAUUAUUGACAACAAUUAUUCUUAGGUUUUUUGACCAAUGAAAAGAAUAUUCGGCUGCGGUACAAUUUCUGAUAUAACAUUAUUGAAAUUAAGUGAAUAAACUAAUGUACAAAAAUUUUACAUUUAAAAUUUUAUUUCCUUGCUUCGCCAUGUUGCCAACAUCAUGUUGAGUCCCAACCAUGCUUCUAGCAACAUGAUCGAUAGAUGGCGGGCUUCCCGCCUGUACACUUCCUUGCUAUUGGCUGAGCUGAAUCACGUGGCUGCUUUCAUACUUUCACCAGUAGAUUCGUUUGGCGGGUAGGCAUAGCGUUGGUAGCAAACGGCAUUGGAGAUACGUUAGCAAUGGCUGGUGGAAAAGCUGGUAAAGACUCCGGUAAAGCGAAGGCGAAGGCUGUUUCGCGGUCAGCAAGGGCAGGAUUACAGUUUCCUGUCGGAAGAAUACACAGACAUUUGAAGAACAGGACAACAAGCCACGGCCGCGUUGGAGCAACGGCAGCUGUUUAUAGCGCAGCUAUCUUGGAAUAUUUGACCGCGGAGGUCCUGGAGUUAGCCGGCAAUGCAUCGAAGGAUUUGAAAGUGAAACGUAUAACUCCUCGUCAUCUCCAGUUAGCUAUCAGAGGAGAUGAAGAGCUGGAUAGCUUAAUUAAAGCUACCAUCGCGGGUGGUGGUGUUAUACCACACAUCCACAAAUCUCUUAUUGGCAAGAAGGGUUCACAGAAGCCAGCAUAAUGUGUAAUGUGGUGUUAUGUGAGGACACUAGUUUCAAUAAGAAAGCAGUGACUGAACUUUGCAUGAAAUUGUGGAAUUUCAAGAAUGUGGUCAGACGUUGAAGACUGUUCAUUUGCAUUUAAAAGUUAUUCAUUACAUUAAAGACUACUUCUAUGACAAUGUUAAAACACAACAGCAAAUUCUGGGCACGUUUCACUAAUUGAGUGAAGUUGAUGUUAGGGGUAUAGUUAUUUUAAAUGUUUUUGAAAUGUCUUAAAUUUAUUGAUACAGUCACAACAUUAAUGUUAAGCAUUCAUUAGUUUUAGAUAUCAUUCGCCAUAAACAUAUUUUUGACAUUAAGUAUUAAAUAUGUAGAAAAUAUAUUCAUUUCAUAUAAAA